UUCCAAUCCCACAAUUCAAUCCAAUCCCAACUUGAGAUCCAGUGCCCACUCCUCCUCACUCCCUCUCUCGGUCCAAACCCGCGUGCUUUCAAUCGCUUUUUCUUCGAUCUUUUCCUCUUCGUGCUCCACCGAGAGAUAGCGGAGGAGGAGGAGGUUGAUGGUGGAGAAUCACAGAAGGAAAGAGCUUGCGAUCGAUGGUGUUGAGGUCUGCCAAGGAGGUGGAGCAGCGAGGAGCUGUGAUCUGGAGUUCAGGCGGCGGCUUUUUGCUGCUCGUCGGCGGCACGGCCAUGGCCGUCGUGCUUAUCUCUUUUCCUUGGUAGUCAAUCAUCUCCGCCAUCGCCGCCACCUGGUUGUUGUUGUUGUAGGAGUAGUAGUAAUUAGUAAAUGAAAGCGCUGAGACGAUCGCAUACUUCGUCGUCGUCGUCCGCCUCUCCGUCGCCCUCAUCGUCUUCCGCUUCGUCUUCUUGGAUUCAUCUGAGAUCGAUCCUCAUCAUCGCGUCCUCUAACUCCUCUUCCUUGCCCUCUUCCACUCCACACAUCCCGCAUCCGGAUCGAGGUAGCCUUAAAUCCCCAUGGUCCAGAAGGAAAAGGAAACAUGCACUUUCUCGUCGACAGUGGAGCGCUUUGUUUUCACAAGACGGAAAGCUUCGUGAUGGAGGUGUCAAGUUUCUUAAAAAAGUUCGCUCUGCAGGAGUUGAUCCAAGUAUCAGGGCGGAGGUUUGGCCUUUCCUACUUGGAGUCUAUGACCUGCACAGUUCUGAAGAAAAAAGAAAUGCCACCAAAAGAAAGAAAAGGAAAGAGUAUGAGAAGUUGAGACGACAAUGUCGACAAAUUAUGAAGCCAUGUAACAAGUCCUAUAAGGAAAUAAAGGGAAUAGGUGAAAUUAAUAAUGCAGAAAGCCCCAUCUACGACGAAGACCCUGAAUCUCCUGGCUCUGAAGGGGAAUUUGGGGCAAGGCCUUCCAUCUCCAUCUGGGGUGAUGAUCCAGAUGACUGCAAUCCAGACCUAAGGCUGCAGGAUGAAGUCUCUGCCUCAAACUCUGGUAACAUUGAAGAAAACACCAGUGGAGUCACUCAGUCAGAUCCAUCUACAAUGGAAACAGAAUCAUCUGACACCGAAUCCUCCGACGAAGAUGAAAACGACAACAUGCCAACAGAAGAGAGCAUUGAGACUGAUCCAAAAUUCACUAGAACAGCUUCAAUUAAGAGAGGUGAUUUCUUAAAAUCUAAUCGAACACCAGAGGACUUCACAACAUGGCAACGGAUCAUUCGUAAAGAUGCUCUGCGAGCCAAUGCAGAGUGGGCCUUAUACUUCCCAACACAAGCCGAAGUUUCAGAGGAGAAGGCGCACCAAUCUGCUUCGGCUGUUGGACUAGAAGACUAUGACCACUUGGAGCCGUGCAUGAUCUACCAUGCUUCCCGUCUGGUUGCCAUACUAGAAGCCUAUGCACUCUACGACCCAGAGAUCGGUUACUGCCAAGGGAUGAGUGACCUCUUGUCACCAAUAAUUUCUGUGAUGGAGGAGGACCAUGAGGCCUUCUGGUGCUUCGUUGGGUUCAUGAGGAAAGCCCGGCACAAUUUCAGGCUUGACGAAGUGGGCAUCCGCAGACAGCUGAGCAUGGUCUCCAAGAUAAUUAAAUACAAGGACUCACACCUGUACAGACAUCUCGAGAAGCUGCGAGCUGAGGACUGCUUCUUCGUGUACAGGAUGGUUGUGGUCAUGUUCCGAAGGGAGCUGAGUUUCGAGCAAACAUUGUGUUUGUGGGAGGUAAUGUGGGCUGACCAGGCAGCAAUCCGAGCAGGGAUCGGAAAGUCAGUGUGGGGAAGGAUAAGGUUACGUGCCCCGCCCACCGACGACCUGCUGUUGUUCGCCAUUGCUGCCAGUGUCCUACAAAGGCGAAAACUGAUAAUUGAGAGAUACAGCAGUAUGGAUGAGAUAUUAAGGGAGUGCAACAGCAUGACUGGGCAACUAGAUGUUUGGAAACUGCUCGACGACGCCCAUGAUCUCGUCGUUACUCUUCACGACAAGAUUUAGCUGAGCAUCUUUGUUUCUCAUCCAAAUGUUAUUAUAGAAGAUAUAAUUCUUUUCCUUUCCAUGGAAAUUGAAGGGUGGGAAUGUGUAACUCACUUGAAGUUGGGAGGGAAGGUGUCAUCUUAUUUGAUUUAAAAUGUUAUACUGAGUUAUGAAUGUGUCUCUUGUGUUGUAUGUUGGAUCAGAACUUGUUACCAUCUUGGAAAGGAGGAAGGUUUUAUUGAAUUUUUAUUUGUUUUA